GAUGAGUAAUUCGUUAUUUUUUUUAACUUUGGUGAUUUCAGUUAAUGGUUUAUAUUUACCUGAUGUGACAAAAAGAAUACCAGCAAACGACACAGGCGAAGAAAUACAACAUGCCAUUUGUAAAAUAGCCUCUAAAGAUCUGGAAGCUACUGCAAACGCAACAAUCUUUAGAGAACUGAAAGGUGUUUGCACAUCAGUUCAACUUGAAACUCAUUUAAAUUAUCUAGAGGCAACACUUCUCCAACAGUUUAACAUUAUCAAAAACAUUUUACUCGACAAUGGAUUUAGAGUUCCAGAAACUGAAUAUGAAUCACAGCCAUCAAAGGUACCUAAACAUAUGCCAAAGAACGAUGUUAUUACAGAACAUAUGGAAAUGAGACAAAUAACAAAUUUAGCGAAUAGACAACAAGAAAUUGAUACUUAUAACGAUACAGUGGUAGAUUCUAAUAAGGGAGGUAUUUAUUUCUAUUACUGGAACGUAGAAAAUAUUGAUAAUAUUUUGUCGAAGGAUGGAAUGUAUAUAUCCAGCCCAGAGUUUUUUGUACUAGGGCAUUCUCUUCAUUUGCAGCUUUAUCCAAAAUACCUAGAUGAUGAGUCUUUCGCGAUAUUGUUGAGACCCUCGAGCAAAAGCUUUAUGAAAAAACACAAGAUAUAUGUUGUAAAUCAAAGUGACAAGAAAUUAGAUAUAGAUUCGGGAUUAAUGUUUGGAUUCAAAGAAGAAAGCUUUUUCAGAGUAUCCGAGGAAUCUAUAACUCACUUUGGAUAUAUAAAUCUCAGAGUCUUAACUGUAAAAGUAGAAAUUUUUGUAAAUUCGUAAAGAUCGACUAAUAUUUAUUAUAUUUAAGAUUAUGUUUUGAGCCUUCUUCUAUCAACUAGCAUUUUUUUUUAAUAAUUUGUUCUAACUUUCAUAUGUAAUGUUAAAGUUGUUUUAUACUCUGUAAAAUAAAGAUAUUUUAAGCAUAAA